AUGCAGCUCCUACGCCAGCUCAACCUGCUCAUAAUCCAGAACGGCAACCGCUUCUUCUUUGACGUGCUGCUACUGGCACGCUCCGCCCUCGCGCCCUACUCGGAGCAGCAGCUCACAGCCAACAUUCUGAAGGCUCAGCCCAGCAUGGGAUCACACGCCUACCUCAUCACAUAUGCCGGCGCCAAGAGAAUGCUGUCGCAAAUGCGGCUUAAAGUGCCAAUAUCAGAAGCCUUUUUCACCGUCCCGCACGCGCACAUCCCAGCAGCAGACCCGCCUCUCUUCAACUCCCAGAUGUUCAUGUGCCGCCCCAAGCCCUUUGUCUUUCUUGCAUCCUACUUGCUCCUCCAUCCGCCCCCCAACCUCUCAUGGCCAAUAUCAGAGGCACUUUUCACCGUCCCGCACGCACACAUCCUAGCAGCAGACCCUCCUCUCUUCAACUCCCAGAUGUUCAUGUGCCGCCCCAAGCCCUGCCGCGCUCCGCCCCUCGACCUCCAUUCCUCCUCGCGCCUCUCCUCCGCCUGCCGGGAAACUCUCUUCCUCAGCUUUCCCGGGCACCCCCGAAUCAGGGGGAAUAUUGUGAAGAAGGAUUGGGUGAGACAGGCAUUGGGGGAAGCGGGAGCUAGGGCUACCAUUGCCGUGGAUGCCGAUUGUGGGACACCUGCGCAGUGCCUGAUUCGAUCUCACCAGGAUAUUCUGCAGGUGCCAGGGUCAGGUUCCCAGGUGAAUCUCCAGGUGAAUCUCCGGGUGAAUUCUCAGGUGAUUUUCCAGGUGCCAGGGAUGAAACCACCUGCAGGUGUGCGCGUGGUGAUGCGAUCCAUGCCGCCCAAACUGGCGAUGUGGCCGACAUUCGUGAUCGGAUUGGCUGAAGACGCUGACCGGUUCGUCUCAUUGGAACCCGUGCUGCAGCAGCAGGGAUUCGGAGAGAUAGUCAAGGCGAACGGCAUUUCCAUCUCCAACACAGACUACCAGGUGGUGACUCACCUGGUGGACAAGGAGCAUCGGGCACGCACCCGAACCACGCCGUGGUGGCAGGAGAAGCAGGCUCGGCCGACCCUGAGCAAGGGCGAGGUCGGGUGCGCGCUCUCCCACUACUUCGUCUGGCUGGAGGUCGUGCGAAGGCAGCUCCCAUACGCCAUAAUAUUCGAAGACGACGUGCGGUUCUUAACGCACUCUUUCAAAGAGGUGUUCGAGCGAGACGUAGCGGAGGCCAACGAGGUGGUCACACGGGAGAUCAACCCAUUCCGCCCCGAUAUAGUCUUCCUCGGAAAAUCCGGCAUCAUGACUUCGUUCUACUACCCAAAGCUCUCCCAACACGUGGUUAUAUCCCCACUCGUGUGGUGCUCGUUCGCGUAUAUAGUGUCGCUGGAGGGCGCUCGGAAGCUGGUGGAGAGGUUUUUUGUGAACGACCCGGUGGACUCGUACUGGUGGCAGGUGCCUGGGAUGCAGUUCUGGGCGUUUGAGCCGUCGCUGGCGGAUCAUCUGACGGUGAAGAGGAAGCGGCGGGGGAAGGGCGUGCAGUUUGUGAGCAGAGUGCAGGGGACCGACAGCGAGUGGUAG